AUGGAGAUUACAAAAUUCCCUAUGAAAGCUAAGCAAGGCAACCUCUGCGACUUGUUUGAUAGCCUCGAAAUUGAAAAAUCCUCCACACCCAUACGAAAAUCAUGUCAUCGCGCUCAAACAAUGAAUAUUACCAAGUCGCUGCGAAAGUAUAUGGAUUCCUCCAUGCAAGGCAAGGGAACGGUUCGCGCUAGUUCCCUCCGGGGGCGACAUACAAACUUUACGAUCGCCAUGGACGACGCCUAUGCCUAUAAAAUCGGCAUGGAAGAUUUCGACCCUGAUGAGGCCUUCUCGGAAAUCAUGAUACUCAGCAACCAAUUGUCCGAGCACCUGCAAAGCCAGCUUUCACCACAGGAAGAAGCUUCCCUUGAGGAUAAGAUCCUGAACUCACUCGCUCGAAUGGUGUACGGUUCGAACAUGAUUGAACGAGCCGGGUCAGAACAAGGCAUAACCUUGAAGCUAUGCAUGCCAAUUUUCCAGGGCAAAGAGGUCCCUAAGGAUAUUGGGGAGACGAGUGAGGAAUUUAUGGCCCUCAAAAAAGAACUGCUUCGAAAGGAUGUUCUAGCAAACACCUCUGCUGUCCUUCGAUCUCAACACGAAAUCCUCUAG